GGAAAAAUAACUUUUUCUCAAGAAAACUUUACAUUUCAAAGGUUCUUGCAAGGUUCCACACAUUGAAAAUGGGCGAAUCAAGGGGAAAGUGGAGAGGCAGUUGAUACCAUCAGGUGCAACGGUUGAGCUCGUAUGUGAUGAUCGCCACGAAGCCAACAUGCGCACAUUGAUGCACUGCCACAAUGGAACAUGGAGCCAUGUGCCAACUUGCUCGCCAUCAGAGUCGAUUCAGAAUGAAUUUACAGUAAAUUGUCACGAAUGGCCGCCCAGAGUUGCGCAUGCUCAAGUAUUGUUCUCAAAAUCUUCUCAUGGCGCUAUCGCUAAGUAUGAAUGCAAUGCUGGAUAUUACCCGAACAAGGAACAGCAGACAAUCAAAUGUUUGUUUGGUCAGUGGACAAGAGAGGGAGGACCGCUCAAAUCAUGGUGCCACCACCCGUCUCGCACAUUUGGCACUUUGAUUGGCGGUCAAAUCCUACUUGAAGGGCAGAUGGGUGCUUACGAGUUUGCAAAAUACAUUCAAAAGGUUGAGGAAGGCAGAUCCAUCGUGUUUCAAUGUAACAAAGGCAACUAUCUCAUAGGACCUCCAAAAGCCUCGUGUGUUAAUGGUCAGUGGAUGCCAAAAGUAAAACCCAAAUGCGUAUCACAGACACAUCCAAUGAUUGAAGGACGAAUUAUGUGGGAUAGAAGAAAACGUGAGAUAGAAGGUCUUGACGUGAAUGUAAGUUGUCCACCAAUACAAAGCACUUUGGAGAAGAUAGUCGUCGUAAAUAAAGAUAUGGAUGUAACAAUCAUUUGCAGAGAGGGUUACGAAUUUCCGUCAGAAUUUAUGGACGGUCGAUCGGUAUGUAUCAAUGGAACGUGGGCUCCUACACCUCCGGAAUGUGUGCCAAGAAAUGGCGUACUCGAGUGUCAUCGUGGAAUCAUCACGAGAGCACUUGGCCAUUGCUACCCACAUGAAUGUUUGGUUCCAUCGCUAGCUGUAGGAACUAUAUACCCCGAAGGCCGCACGCUAGCCGAUGGCCAACAAGCAAUCCUCGUAUGCCCUGCGAAGAACAUCACUAUAAAUUGCAGCAGAGGAGUAAUCACUCCAACACCGAACUGUAUCGGGAAUGCUACAACAUUCUGCGCGGCACCUCGUGACACAACUCCAGCUCUCAUUUACAGCAUUCAAAAUGGACAAAGAAUAGAACUUGAUCGCUACCAAAGUGCAUAUCCAAAUGGAACAAUUUUCCAGUACAAGUGUGUUGAACAGCGCGAAGAAGCUAGUGGUAUCGAAUGUAUUAAUGGAGAAUGGAUCAGCAAUUUGUUACCUUGUAUCGAGAAUAAUACAACGUUACACAACUGGAGGAAUUCGCUUGAAGACAGCAUGUGCUCGUUGCCAACUUUGGACAAGGAGAUGCGUAUUCUAAACUUGGAGAACUUCAUACCUUCAGAGCAUCAUAAGUUUGCUCAUGGCACAGUGUUGCAGGUCGGAUGCAUCACAAGUGGAGAUACUGACGAAUAUAUGGAGAUGAAAUGUCGGCGAGGGAAAUGGAGUAGGAAAAACCGAAUCAACUGCAACAAUCAUUUACUUUCACACUAG